GAGCAGGUGCCGGAAGGUUUGGUCCCUCCCCUCCCUUCUCUUCAGCCAGUCGGGCCUUUGCUAGGCAAUCCCAGUUGAAUUCCUUCUGCCUGACAGCGGGCGGGGCAGGCUAGAUUCCGGAAACCCUUCACGGCCUUGUCUAGCGGGUUGGCCCGCCCCUUCUACUCCCUCCGUCCGUGUUCUGCCGGUACCACCCGGAGACGCCCCCCUCGCUUCACGCAGACGGAAAGGGGGGCUUGUUCCACUCCCCCAAGAAGCGGCGGGGGCUUGGCCUCCUCUGCUACCACCAAUACCGGGGGCGAAUGGGAGGGAAGUGCGAGAUGGUGUUACUGGAACCGCCCCCCCCGCGAGCGAAGAUGCAAGAAGCAUCAGAAGAUCAUAACCACUGGGAAGCCUGUUGACUGCCAUUUCUUGAGAGUCCUGAGACUGACAUCAGUCUGGCAUGGCGCAGAGUAGCCAGCAACUUGACAUGCAGGUACUCCAUGACCUCCGGCAACGUUUCCCUGAGAUCCCAGAAGGGGUGGUAUCCCAGUGCAUGCUCCAGAACAACAACAACCUUGAUGCUUGUUGCCGAGUUCUUGCACAAGAGAGUAACAAAUACCUGUAUAUGGAGUACCACAGCCCAGAUGACACUCGAUUGAACAGGAAUCGCCUUCUGCAUAUUAACCUGGGCAUCCAUCCUCACACCAGCUAUCAUGGAGGGGAUGGAGCUCAACUUAAUGGUGGUCGUACACUGGUACAUAGUUCAAGUGAUGGACACAUUGAUCCACAGUGCACAGCAGGUAAACAGCUGAUAUGCUUAGUUCAAGAACCACAUUCUGCUCCAGCUGUUGUGGCAGCUUCCCCCAACUACAAUCCAUUUUUUAUGAAUGACCAGAAUAGAAAUGCAGCUACUCCUCCUUCACAACCACCUCCGCAACCUUCUUCCAUACAAUCUGGAAUGAAUACAUCUGCUAUGCAAGGCCCUCCUCCUCCUACGUAUAUGCACAUACCUCGGUAUAGCACAAAUCCUAUAACUGUUACAGUGUCGCAAAACCUCCCCUCUGGACAGACUGUACCCAGAGCUUUACAAAUUCUUCCUCCAAUUCCAAGCAAUCCUUAUGGAAAUCCUAGUUCUCUUUAUAUUAGGCAGACAUCUCAAAGUUCUUCAGGACGACAGACUCCUACUCAGAGUACACAGUGGCAUUCAUCACCACAAGGUCCAGUUCCACAUUAUAGUCCACAUCCAUUACCUGUUUAUCCACACCAACAAAACUAUCAGCCUUCUCAGUAUUCUCCAAAACAGCCCCAGAUUCCUCAGUCACCUUUUCGAUCACCACCUACUUCACAGUGUCCUUCUCCUUUUGGCUCACCUCAGCAUCAAGUUCAGCCUGCCCAGUUAGGCCAUCAAAGUUCCCAUGUGUUUAUGCCUCCUAGUCCUUCAACUGUGCUACCCCAUUCAUAUCAACAAACACCCCAGACCUAUCAAAAACCAAGUGGACACUCAGUAUCUUAUCUUCCAUAUGGUGGACCUAAUUUAUCAAAAAGCUCCAUGAACAAGAUAGAAAUUACAGUUGAGCCACCACAAAGACCUGGGACUACAAUUAAUAGGAGCCCUUCGCCUUUAAGUAACCAGCCAUCCCAAAGGAAUCAGCACCCACUGUAUGCACCUGCUACUCCUCCUUCAAGUUCUCCUUCCAGAAGUAUGUCAGGUCAGCCCAAACCACCUUAUAGUGUGAAUCCUGUAUAUAUAACAUACACACAACCAGCUGGACCUUCAGGUGUACUUACGCAGUCCCCCCGGGUCAUGGUAUCUCAGCCGAAUCCAGCAGUUUUUAAAAUCACAGUAGGUCGAGCACCAGCUGAGAACCUUUUAAAUUUAGUGGACCAAGAAGAGCAUUCUGCAGCACCAGAACCAAUUCAGCCCAUUUCAGUUGUACCAGGAUCUGGAGGUGAAAGAGGAAGCCAUAAGUACCAGAGGAGUUCCAGUUCUGGAUCAGAUGACUAUGCUUAUACUCAAGCCUUGUUGUUACACCAACGUGCAAGGAUGGAGAGGCUAGCUAAGGAACUGAAGUUUGAAAAUGAGGAGCUUGAGAAGCUUAAAGGUGAAGUGAAUGGCAUGGAACAUGAUCUUAUGCAAAGGCGUCUGAGAAGAGUGAGCUGUACAACCUCAAUCCCAACUCCUGAGGAGAUGACCAGAUUGAGAAGCAUGAACAGGCAGCUCCAGAUAAAUGUUGACUGUACACAGAAAGAAAUUGAUCUCCUUCAAUCUAGAGGGAACUUUGACCCGAAAGCCAUGAGUAACUUUUAUGAUAACAUAGAGCCUGGUCCUAUUGUGCCACCAAAGCCAUUUACAAAAGAGUUUAAAAGAAAAUCGUUCUCUGUAGACCAUCAGAGCAGUUCCAAACAAGCUCCACGAACUCAGCCAAGAGAUGAAGACUUUGAAGGAGCUCCAUGGAAUUGUAAGAGCUGUACUUUUUUGAACCACCCAGCACUGAAUCGCUGUGAGCAAUGUGAAAUGCCGCGGUAUGCCUGAAUCCAUAAAGAUCUGCUUUGGAUUAAAAACAGGCUCUUGAGGACACAGCCAUAGGAGAUGAAAACAUAGGACACCUUUCAGUAAUCCACCAGGCGUCUGUCAGCCAAUUAUUUUCAAAUUCUAAGGGAGAGAUCCCCCUUCCACUUCAUGCUGCACUAAAUAGUAGUUUGGGGGAAAAUCCCAUUGUGGUGAGCUAGACUGAAAGGAUACCCUAAAUCCAAAAUGGAUUCCUUCUGUCAAGAAUGUAAACAAAAAAGCAGAUGAUUGCUGCUGUUCUAGCCCCCUAUAAUUACAUUUGCUGGGUAGUAGCCCUUAUAUAUAUUUUUAUAAGCAUAGAACUAUUACAUUGUGGUGUGAAGUGUUACAGGUAUCCAGACAAACUGUGAAGAACCAGAUCUGAUAAUCUGGCCACAGCCACUGGAAAACAAAGACUCCUUGUGUUUCCAGAUUGUAAACUACUGAAAAAGAAGGCUUUUUUGGGGGGGAGGGGGAAACAGGAGAUCAAAGAGCAAAAGAAAAAGAUAUUUGUAAAUGCUGCUUUUUCAGGGUAAUUUAAGUCUACACAAAUGCUGUUCUGAAAUUAUGAAUCAUGGUGAGGAGGGACAAGUACUGUAUGAGCCUUAUUUAUAGAGUACAAUCAGAGGUGAUUUUACAAUCCCUUUUGCUUGUACAGUGCUCACCAAGUCAUGUUAACACUGGUAAUUAAAUAAUUAUAUCAUAUUACAGAGGAAAAAUAGUGCUGCAUGCUUUUAUUAGGCCAUUGUGUUUUAAAGCUAAAAUUACGCUUUUAUAAAUGAUGUUCCCUUAAACUGUGCUUGAUGACAUUAGAACGGACAUAUGCCAAAUGCAGAACUAUUUCAAAUUCUCUUUGGAAGACUUGAGCUCAGCCACCUUUAUGUAUGAGAAGUGUUUGCACCCUGUUCCUUAGGCCUUUUCAGCUUCAAAUUAUGUGAAGAAUUCAUGAUGUUUACAGCACAGAAGGUACUUUGUGCCCCCAUUCUGAUUUAGCUGCAAACCAGUAAUUAAUAUUAGCUCUUCAAUAAAGGUUUAUUUGCACAUUGUCAAUAAACCAGCCUGUAUUAAUUUGUAAGAGCGAUGGAUCUUAAAAAGCGUUUUUUAAAAAUUUGGUCAGUUAAAGUAAACAAAAAAUGGAACUGUACUGGUACUUUUAUGCAUCUGAUUAUCAUAAAGAGGAUGUUUGAUUUUUGUGAGUGCUAGGUUGCUGAAAUAAAGCACUCUUCUGUGAAGGUUUCUUGGUUUUGAACUUGAGUCAUUCUAAAAUAAAGUUGUGCAAGAACAGUCAGACUUUUUUCUUCACUGAUAAAACACUGGGACAAUGUUUUUAAUUUCUUACACUGUCAAAUUAUGUUGUUCUGAAUCCUUCCAGCUUUUGCGAGCAAGAGAGUUUUGCAUCUUGCCCAUGUAAAUGUUUGUCUCUCAUCUAUUGGUAUGUAGAGAUGUUAAUGGUAAAAUGUAGAGAUUGUCAAUUCAAAUUGGAAUUUAUCUGUCGUGUAAAAUCUUACUGAAACUAUAUCAAGCAGCAAGGACCACAAUGAAAUUAAAGGAAUGAGUGUUGAGAUUUAAAAAAAUAUCCUGAUUUUUACAAGCUACAAAUAUUUGGGCUUCUACUGGGAGGAAGGGUGGGAUAAAAAUCUAAUUAAUUAAUUAAUAAAAUUUCAUCCAGACAUUGAAUAUGUAAGAAUUUUGCUGUGCUAAUAAGAAAUAGCUUGUGGAAUUCUUUUUUAUAAAACAGAAAAACAAAGAUAUGAAAUAAUUUAGGUGAAAUAUUUGGUUUUUCAGUUACUCAUUAAGUUACAUCAUUAUGUCUUAAGCUGUUCAGUAACAUUUGCCAUGAUUUUAUAUUGAUCCUUUUGACUUUUUUGAACAUAAAUUCCUGUUUGGUAAUUCUUUGUGCUGCCAUUGGCAAUGAAAUUACAGUAAUCGAGUUAAGAGUAGAAGUAGCACAUUUGAAAGGUAUGUUCUACUUUUUCAUGCCCAUGUGACCUUUAUAGCUUUUGGGUGGGGAGAGCUAACUGACAAGUGUUGCAUGCAGCCUUUCACUUCUGGGUGCAAUCCACCAUAAGUGUAUGCGUUCUGGAGACAGGCAGCAUAAUUAGAAGUCUCACAGGACGUUUGAUGUAUGUACACAGCUCUAUCCUCACAAGCUUCCCCUUUCACUGUGUAAGUAGGGAAUGCUGUGCUGCACAUACGGGUUUCCUGAAUUGUGUGUACAGUAUUUUCUUAAUCAUGGGAGAUAACAGGGAAGCCAGACAUAUACACUGCAGUACUGCAUGGUGGAUCUGUGCUGUUGUUAUGGAGUCCUGUUUCAUUUUACUUAGUUUUACUUACGGAGUUUUACUUAUGGAGUAGAAAGUAAGAACAAAGCUUGUUGUGGGGGACGUGGUAACUAGUGGCCCUGUUGAUUAAAGAUGAAAAUAGUAAAGAAAUUAUUUUUCCUCUUGAAGACUUAAUGUGAGUAUUGGAUAUCAAUUUUGGAAUCCACUUAUGAGUAGGUGGCACCAACCAAAGUGGCUUUAGAUUAUGCCAGAAUAAAUGUUAAUUGCUUAAAACCAUUGGUUAAUGUGCUGAUGACCACUUGUCAUACUAAAUGCAGUUCAAUGUAUACAGCUUUAGAAUCUGCACAUCUGUGGGUGAUGUGAUUUUGAGGCCAUCGUGAAUUUUUAAAACACACUACUUUUAAUAGUAGUUUAUCCCUUCCUUGCCCAUGGUACUUGGGUCGAUACAGAGGGUAAUCUCUUGGGAUGUUAGAUACUCGAGACUGUGUUGAGGUUCUCCAAAAUACUUCUGUGUAUGAAUGCCUAUUUUAUAUUAAACUGCUCUUACAAGGAUUUGCUUUCACAUAUAAAAUACAAAAGCUUCUCCAAGUUUUACUCAAUAAAAUAGCUUGUGGAAAAGUUGGAAUAUAGCAAACCAAAAUUAAAUCCUAUUUUUGGAUAUAUGAUAUUGCUAUCAAGCUAGCUUGUUUGUGUAGGAAGUAAGGGGCUAAGAAAGUGAAGAGAAAAUGUUUUGUGGAAUAUAUCAAGUUAAGAAGGGUGUUUGUGUGUCUGUGGUAUGUAUGUUUUUCCUGUUUUUAUGGCAGAUGUGCGAAGCAAGUGUAUUUUUUAAAGAGCUGGUCUCAGGUAUGCUAUUAAGUCAUGUUUUGUCACAUUGUGUUGUUUACGUACCCUUCCUUCAUUACUCCCACUCCUUUGAUUGCAAAUCUCUUUAAAAUUACUUGGAUUGACAGACAUAUUGAAGACAAAUAUUUUAAAAAGUUUAAAGAUGAUUAACUUUGCUGGCUAAUGGGAUUGUGAGCUUGGCUUGAUAAGCUUUUUAACACAAGAAAAAACUGUAGCAGUCUGAAAUAGGAAAUCACUUUAAAGUAUAGUAUGAAGUAGCCUGCUGGGCUUUCAGUUGCUGUUACUACUCAGAUGCUGUGAGUCUCCAGAGAGAUUAUGUGCACAAUGCUGCAUCUGUGUGCUAUCUGUUUAUCCAAAUGUUCAAACUUGCCAUGCGUUUGGGCUAGAGGCAUCUUGUUUCUGUAUCAAUGAGAGGGCUUUUUAUUUUGAAAUCAUCAGAGGUCAGAGUUAGUGCAAUACUCUUAAUUUCAAAAGACCUUUGAACAAUACUUUUUACAUUGUUAUUUGUGACCAAGCCAAUGUAUCUAAUCUAUACUUUCUGCUCUGUUGAAAACCUGUUAAUUUUUUUCACUAUAAAACAAAACCAUGAUCUUUCUAAAUCCUGUACAUAGGGUGUAUCUUACAUUCUAAAUUUAUGUAUGCUGUGAAUGGAAACAAUUAUUGCAAGAUAAAAAGUGUAAAGGCCUUAAGUGGCUGUGCAUGCAUGGUACCUCCAAAUGAUAUAUAUUGGGAGCUGCAGUUUCCUUUAAAAAAUCAAUAAACUAAGAAAAUUUAA